GAUUGGUCUCGCGUCGGGUCUCGGUAUUGGAUUCUUUCAGCGGCCGACGCUCGGGAGCCUUUGGUCGGGCGGUUGCAAGAGACCAGGCGUGCCCGUGCGGAGGCGGGAGAACCGUCUGCUCAUCACCCGCGGUCGUCGUCGAUCGUCAUCAUCGGGGUUUAGCGUUGGAUUGAGGCUACUGCUGUUUCCGAGUCCAAAAUUCCGACCACGAUUGGGGAAGGGUAGGGACGAAACCCUGCUUGUCGCUGGUCUUGUGUUCGCCGACCAUCGGCCGGCCUUCCUUGGCUGUUCCGGCGGCCAGGCGUUAGGUUCUUCUUCAUCGUUUCGGGGGGCUCAUUGGAGGGAGAGAAAGGAAAAAGGUCUGUAGAAUGACUGACGUCGAGAAGAGAAGAGAAGAAGAAGAAGAUGAAGCUUUAGCGCAGUUCCUGGAAGCAGAGGUCCUUUCCGAGAUAUCUGAAGAUGAAGAGGUUGUGGAGAGGCCACAGAAGAGGUUAUGCGCUUCGCAUGUUCCACUGCUUGCGGCUGGACGCCGUCCAGUAGAAAGUGAACCUGUUCUGGAGACCGGCUCUCUUUCUACCUCUAGUGUGGAAAAAGGUCCCGCUGACCGCAGCUGGCGGACAAAAUACAUCAUGAGCGGGAUGUUCAGCAAGAUCCCUCCAGAGCUUUUCCGACACAUCCUCAAAUUUUUGUCUUCUGAGGAUCUUGUGGCAUGUGCGCUAGUUUGUCGAUUUCUUAACUUUGCAGCCUCUGAUGAGUUCUUAUGGCGUCGCCUGUACUGCAUGCGGUGGGGCCUGGCAUCCCCUACUGGGAAACCACGUGCAUGUGCAUGGAAGAAACUCUAUAUACAGCGUGAUGAAGAGGACAUGGUUGAGUUUGUUAGGAAUACCCCAGCUGAGUUUAAGGAGUAUUAUAUUCAAAUGCAGGUUGCAAAGAGAAGCCAGGCUCCCCUUCCUUCGCAAGUGAACGAUGACAGCAUAAUUCUUGACAAAACAGUGGCAGAUCAGGUUUCUAUUUGGAAAAGUAGCCGAGGCUUGACUGAUGAUGUGGCUCCUGACCAUGCAUGCUCAGGGGAGACAUGCACUUAUUCUCAAAUCGGAGAUGUAUUUAUCUGUGAGAAAACUGGUCGUGUACAUGUAUGCGAUGAUACAUGUCGAGAAACCAUCUUGGACCCGUCCAGUGGCCUUCUGGUUUGUACGAUAUCAGGUCUUUGUUUUGAUAGUUGGCUUUCACCUUCAGAGGAGGAACCUGACAUGGAUCAGCAACAAGGAGGUGCAACAGAUGAACAGGAACCAUUCAUGGGAUCUGGACGAUUUGCACGUGCCUACCUCCUUGGCUACAACUGUGCUGAUGAGAAAGAGCUGGAGGCAGCUUUAUAUUUUUGUUAGCUUAUUGUUUAUUUCAAUGUCAAGUUGAUUCAUCCAGUAUCUCUCCAUCUAGUUUCAAGUGGGAGGAGUGGGAGGAUUCAACACAUCUUCAGCUCCUUAGCAGGUUCUUAACUUUGCAGUUGCGCUGAGGUGGCUGAACUUUGGCAACUAAGGUUAUGUUGAACAUAUUGGUACAUGCACUACAGCAUCUAAAGCUUCUUACUAAUGUUUGAUAAUGUACGGAUACAUCUUUACAGUUGUUCUACAUGUAAUAUAAAGAAAACAUUGUAAUAAUUUUUUGGUAGUUAUGGCUCCUUAAGCUGUGUCAUUGCCAAGCAUUGAUAUUUCAUGGGGUUAGGUUGAGGGUAUGCAAAUCCAGGAAAAGCCACCCAUCAUAUAGGUCAAUAUCAUUUAUAAUAUAUAUUUUUUCCUUCAUUGAGAA